GAAUAGUAUGAUUCUCUCCAGAGAGCGUGUAAUCGGUUUUUCGAGAAACUGUAAAAAAGUUACAUUUGUGGUUUGCCCUUUCAUAGGCUAAGGGCGACCAUAGAAAAGAUAUAUAUCGAUCUACCUUUAUACACAUAUAAAAAUUUUGUUUCAUUUGUUUUCAGCUACUGAAGUUUAAAGAAAUCAAAUAAAAACAUUCUUUUAAUCAAAUAUGAAUGAUAAUACGAAAAACCAUGGUUAUUUUGUUGCCUUGUACUAUUUUUUGGGCUAUGGCUGCGUACAGUAGAGUGAACUCUGAAAGUAUUUUACAGAAUGUUGCCAGUUAUAAAGAUUGUUCCAUACAAAAUAAGAAAAUAUCAAGCAUUACAGCUGGGAAGGCUAAUUUCAGGUACAGAAAAGAAGACAAUUCCGCUCAUUGUGACGUGUGCAAGGCCAAAAUUACAUUUUGGGAAGAUAUUGUAGAUCCCUUUGCUAUGCACAAAUCAAGUUGUGGUUAUUUGAAAGAAUAUAGAUCUAGAAUAACAUUAAUUAAAUUGCCUACUCAGAAUGCAAGAGAUAUGAUACAAUCUUUCUCCAAAAGUUUUGGAAUUAAACAAAAGCAUUCUUAUAAACCAUUCUCUGACACAAUUGAAGAGUCUUAUAAGAAUUUUCCGAAGCCUCAUUUAGUGAAAAAGUUAAUCGACGCUAAUUUUUGGUAUACGAAUAUAGGUGACUCAUGUAUAUGCGUAGUCUGUAAAUUGAUUGCAAAAGAUUGGAAUGAAGAGAAGCCUAUUAAUAUCCAUUUUAAAAAAGCAAAACACUGCAAAUUUAUACAAAGUUGGUAUUCUGAUGAAGAUUGUCCCAAGUUUAACUAUACGGACACUCUUGCUAGAUCUUUCACUGAUAAGGAAUAUCAUUAUGUACCAGGACUAUCGAAAAUUGAUUUAAAUAAUAUUACCGUUAACGAAGAACUUGUUGAAGAGGAUACUAUAGAUCAUGAACCAAAGAAUAGGAAAUUGAAAUCAUUCGCCAAAAGAAGAAAGAGUUUGAACAAAUUAAGGUUAUCAGUUGAAUACAAAAAUGAAUUGGCAGCAGCAGGAUUUUAUUGUGACACGAUAUCUGAACAGAACAGACAGUAUCUAGUGGUAUGUUAUCAUUGCAAAGCACAGAUAAGAACAAAUAAUGAACAUGUAAAUCCAACGAUUUUUCACGCAAUGUGGCAUCCAUUGUGUGCUUAUAUCAUUCGAAGAUGUGGUCUUGACAAUGUAAGGCGAUUUGCUUCACUACCAAAUUAUUUAUACAAGAAAGAUACGCCAGAUAAUAGCAAAUCUCAGUCCAGCUUCUCUAAUAUAGAUCCAAGAGAGGCAAGGGCUAGAAUGGAUACACCUAUUGUUCAAUUAAUUGUUGCACAAGGUCAUAAUUGGAAUACAAUAUUGAGAGCUAUAGAAAUUUUUAUGAGAAGAAGUGGAGAUGAUUUUACCAGUGCAACGGAAUUGUUGGAUGUUGUUAAGGAAUUGGAGGAAAAGGCAUUUUCUGAAAGGGAAAAAAAGACAGAUGCUAUUCCUGAUAAUCCCCUUCCCGCUAUUCCUGAUACUCCACCCAAAACUGAGGAGGACUAUAGGCUACGAAAUGAUGCAAUUAAACAAGCCAGGCGGUGCAAGAAUAUUAAGAGUGAUGGAAAGCGUUGUGAAGAAACAAGUAACAUUGUCAGUUUGCCCUGUGGAUGUUUGGCACUUUGUGAAUAUUGCGCUGACGAUGUUGUCUAUUGCAAACGAUGCAAUCAUGUCAUAAGGGGGACAGUAAAAAUAUUUCGUUCCUAA